ACAAACAAACAAAGCAUGUCUUCCAAACAGAAAAGAGAACUCACUCGGGUUGUUCUCGUGUUAGCGCUUCACCUCUACCCGCUGCAGCUCUGUCUCUCGGAGUCAGCAGGUGGUCGGUGGGAGCAGAUCCAUGGAGGUCGGCGCGCAGACGAAAAGACCCAUCACAGCGCCAAUGUGCGCAGAACCAGCCGGUCGGGUCCACAGGGGCUUCGGUCCAAACCUGCUGCCUUACCCGGGGGAACACCCCCACCUUUCAUUUUACAGAAAGUUGAUGAACGUGGAAGAAACGUAGCGUCCAACAACUUGUCCUGGACCGCUGGACACAUCAGCCCAGGACCCAAGGCCUCGGCCUCGGACCAUGAAGAAGGAUAUCAAGCUGAUUUCACAGGUUUCCAUGGAGUCCAGGGGAAGGUUCUGGGUCCAGCAUUUGACUCCAGUCCACAUUUCCCUGAGUGGCAGGCGAUGAGGCCGUUUGUGCAGUGUGAUGAGAACGUCAUGACCUUCACUGCUUCAGGACAAGGACUGACACACCUGUUAGUGGACAGAGAGGCAGCGUCUCCCAUCUCUCUGUUCCAGCUGCCUCCGUACUGUGGCUACUCGGUGAGGACGUCAUGGAGUGACCUGGAGAUGAUGGCGCCUUACGAUGCGUGUUACAUUACACAAGAGAAUGACAGUUACGUGUUGCCGAUGUUGUGGUGGGACACUCCCCUGAAGCUCUCCUGCCCGGUGCAGCCCUCCACUCCUGCCCCUUCUCCCUCCCUCCCCUCGGUCUUCUGCUCCCCGUACGGCAUGGCGGUGCAGAAACAUGGGCAGGAGCAGGAGAUACCGAUGCUGGGAGUCAAAGUGAACGGAGGCUGGCGUCCAUUUGUAUCUGAGGAGUGUGCGUAUCUUGUCCACUCCAGACCCGACGAGCUCACCUUCUUCAUCUCUUACAAAGCCUCUUGUAUCACAAGUGGGGACGGCCUGAGUCUUCAUCUUGUAUAUAAUGAUCAGGAAUACAUCCUCUCCUGUCCAGUCAGUCCUCAGCUUCACUUCAUCACAGAUCCUGUGAGCCCUGUACCCACCACCCAUCCGGCACCCCCUCCUCAACCCCCAACCGAGGAGCAGAUCCCUCAACUUCAACACUACUCCUAUUACCCAUACCCCGGCCUACACUACGCCCAGCUGCCACAGGUCUACCCUCCUGGCCCAGAGCUUACCCAGCCCCCCAAGACGCCUGAAUCUACAGGAAAGCCCCCUUCCCCUCCUUCUCAGCCUCCUGUGGUGGUACAGGCUACAUAUGCUCCAACUCUUAUCCCAGCGCAGAUCAGCCAAUCCCACCAACUUCCUUUUUUGCCCCUUGAUCCUACUCAGUAUUCAUCUGGUCUGUAUUACCCCCACAUGCCGUUCUACUACCCUGCAGUGACACAAGCUCCGACCUCUGCAGCUACAAAAACUACUACUACCACUGUUCCUCCAGGUACCCACCCACCUGGACCUCCAGCAUAUCCUUACUACCCGCACUAUUAUCCUCAGAUACCUUACCAUCCUGCACCCACUGCAGCACCGGCUACUCUCCCGCUCACCUCACCUUCUCCUCCUCCUCCUCCUCCUCCCACCUCUCCACCGAAAACUCCUGUAGAUCCACAACCGCCCUUUCCUCACCCAUAUUAUCCCUAUUAUUAUCCCUUCUACCCACUGUUCUACCAUCCACCGUACCACCUCUCUCUGCCCCAGUAUCCAGAGAUUCAAACACCGACGACCAUGACAAAGCCUCCCCCCACCACCGCCACCAUCACCCCCACCACCGCCACUACCUCCGCAACAACUACUGCUAAAACUCUGACUCCCAAUGCCACAAAUACGACGCCGUCCACCACAACCCAGCCCGCUACACAGAUGCCUCAUCUCCAGUGUUUGAUGGGGAGGAUGGUUGUCUUCCUGCCUUUUGCUCACCAAGACUCCAUCCAGGUCAAAGACCAAAGGAAGACGUGGCUGCCUCUCUCCACUGUGUCACCACUGUGUGGGUACAUGCUGCAGAUGGCUGAGAGCUCUGGUGUAAUCCUUCACUCUCCUCUGCCUGCCUGCCACAGCCUGUCACGGACUCCCACAACCAUUUCAUUACCUCUAAUGUUUUGGGAUCUGUCCAUGGGGCAGUAUCGAACUCUGGAGCCACAGUGCCCAUAUGAAAGUACCCCUGUCACCAGUGCACCAGUUACCCCACCUGCGGCCACUACCCCACCCAGCACCACCCCCUCUCCAGUCCAGAAGCCGAAAGUCAGCUGCUCAUCCCAUCACAUGACUGUAAAGCUCCCGUCAGGUCCCGUCUCUGGAAUUCUUCUUAAAGACAUGAAAGGGAACCAGAUGAGCCUUCAGGAUGCCCCAGAGCACUGUGGGUAUUCUGCAAGCAAAGGCAAAGAUGGCAGAAUCCAGUUGAGUCUCAGGCUGCAGUCACAGUGCCACAUGAGCGUGCAGGGUAAUGUGUACAUAAUCUCUAUAGUCUACAUGACGAUGAAUGAGAGAAGGGAGGCUCAGGUUUCUUGUCCAGCUGUUGUCCCAGGCCCUGGCAAAGAGUGCAGCCUUCCCAGCGAUCAGCGUCUCCCCUGUGGAUCCGCGUUUGUGUCCCAGCCACAGUGCCUCUCCAUGGGCUGCUGCUUCAGCAAGAACUCCGAGGCCUGCUACUACCCCAUGGAUGAGUGCACUGUUGACCACCACUUUGUCUUCUCCGUGCCUGCCUCCAUCACCGAGCCCCCUCUCUCCCUCGCCCAGCUUGUUGCUGGCAGCAACUCCACCUGCAGACCCCAGAGAGUCACUUCUGAGUAUGCCUUGUUCAAGAUCCCAAUGGACGGCUGCGGGGCACGCCGAGUGGUGGUUGGGCAAAUGGUCAUCUACAUGGUGGAGGUCGUGAACAAGGUUCAAGGAAUCAGUGUCAACCACGGCACCAUCACUAGAGAUUCUCCCGUCAGGUUUUUGGUGGAGUGCCGGUUUCAGCCGGGCUCUGUCCUAACUGUGAGCUACCUGGUUAAGACUCCCACGCUCGGUCCUGGAGUCCAGACCCAGGAGAUGCAUGGAGUCCAGCUCAGGAUUGCCAAAGACCCUGAGUACAGCAGCUUCUACCCUCAGUAUCACCAGCCCAUGCAGAUGCUGCUGGGGAAACCCCUCUACCUGGAAGUGCGGCUGCUGAAUGCCCCGGAUCCCGGUGUGGUGCUGCUGGUGCACUUCUGUGUGGCCUACCCCCGCUCUGGAACAUCGGUGUGGGUGCUGCUUUACAAUGGAUGUCCCAACCCCUUGGAUCCAGCCCCACACCAGGCGGUGUUGUCUGCUCCUCAACCACCUUCUCCUCGGGGUCAAACCCGCCGCUUCACUAUCAGCACCUUCCAGUUCCUUCCUGAUGGUGAGUUCAAGGACCCGAAUGAAGAGAUCUACUUCAUGUGUUCGACCGAGAUCUGCUCACCACGUGACGGACCUUGUGUCGAGGGAUGCUUCGGCCAAUGACGCUACGACAUGGAAAGCACUUGAAGUUGGUUGAGACGAGGAUUACGAGGAUCAUCUGACAGCACUCUGUGAACUGCCAAUAAAAAGCUCCUAAAGGA